UUCAACACCACUUCUUCCGACCACCCGCCAGCCCACACAAACGCAGGCAUCAUGUCGGUCGACCAGAUCAACCCCGGACAGGCAGUGUACGCGCAGGACGAGAACGGCAGGCCGUUCAUCAUCGUUAGGGAGCAGGGCAAGAAGGUCCGCACCCACGGCCUCGAUGCCACCCGCAGCCACAUCCUCGCUGCGCGCGCUGUCACCAACAUUAUCAAAUCGUCGCUCGGACCUCGCGGCCUCGACAAGAUCCUCAUCUCGCCCGAUGGAGACAUCACCGUGACUAAUGACGGCGCGACCAUUCUCAGCCAGAUGGAGGUCGAGCACCAGAUUGCAAAGCUCCUGGUCGAGGUCUCCAAGUCGCAGGAUGACGAGAUUGGCGACGGCACCACUGGUGUUGUUGUCCUCGCCGGAGCCCUCCUCACCUCGGCCCUCGCCCUCAUCGACCGCGGUAUCCACCCCAUCCGUAUUGCUGAUGGCUACGAGCGCGCCUGCGAGGUCGCCAUUGCCGAGCUCGACCGUGUCGCCGACACUAUCACUUUCAGCAAGGAGGACACCUCCAACCUCGUCAAGACGGCCAAGACGUCGCUCGGCAGCAAGAUCGUGUCCAUCGCCCACGACAAGUUUGCCAACAUUGCCGUCGACGCCGUCCUUUCGGUCGCCGACCUCCAGCGCAAGGACGUCGACUUUGAGCUCAUCAAGGUCGACGGCAAGGUCGGCGGUGCCCUCGAGGACACUUCGCUCGUCAAGGGUGUUAUCAUCGACAAGGACAUGUCGCACCCCCAGAUGCCCCGCGAGAUCCACGACGCCAAGAUUGCCAUCCUCACCUGCCCCUUCGAGCCUCCCCGCCCCAAGACCAAGCACAAGCUUGACAUUGAGAGCGUCGAGGAGUACAAGAAGCUCCGCGAGUACGAGAAGGAGAAGUUCCAGGACAUGAUCAGAUUAGUCAAGGACACGGGCGCCAACCUCGUCAUCUGCCAGUGGGGCUUUGACGACGAGGCCAACCACCUGCUCAUGCAGAACGAGCUUCCCGCCGUUCGCUGGGUUGGUGGUCCCGAGAUCGAGCUCAUCGCCAUUGCUACAAACGGCCGUAUCGUUCCCCGUUUCGAGGACCUGUCCGCGGACAAGCUUGGUCACGCGGGCAUCGUUCGCGAGUUGUCGUUUGGCACGACGAGGGAGAAGAUGUUGGUUAUUGAGGAGUGCGCCAACUCGCGUGCCGUGACUGUCUUUGUCCGCGGAAGCAACAAGAUGAUCAUUGACGAGGCCAAACGUGCUCUCCACGACGCCAUCUGUGUUGUGCGCAACCUUGUUCGGGAUAACCGGGUGGUGUACGGCGGAGGUGCUGCCGAGAUUUGCGCAUCAAUUGCGGUCGCCAAAAAGGCCGAUGAGAUCCCCACGAUCGAGCAGUACGCAAUGCGGGCGUUUGCUCAGGCCCUCGACGCUAUUCCCCUGGCUCUUGCCGAGAACUCGGGUCUGUCGCCCAUUGACACUUUGGCCGAUGUCAAGAGCAGGCAGGUUACGGAGAAGAACCCUCGCCUUGGCAUUGACUGCCUUGGACGCGGACAAAAUGACAUGAAGGAGCAGUUUGUCUACGACCCCCUUAUUUCCAAGAGGUCGCAGCUGCUGCUCGCAACCCAGGUCGUGCGCAUGAUCCUCAAGAUUGACGACGUGAUUGAGGAGGCGUCAGAUCUCUACUAGCGCAGUAGCAGACAUAUAGAGAGGAGGCAUUCAGUGUUUCAUUCCGCCAUGGCACCUCAUACGGGCCGCCGGUUGGAGGUUUGCCGGCCAUGCAUUGACGUCAUAUAAGCAAGGGUUAUGCUGCAUGCUGCAUGCUACAACGGCGGGCGAGGAGAAGUGGC